AACUGAAAACCAAAAAAGAAAUCGUCAACUACUACUAUCGGCUCCUUCCUAAACGAACGGUUUUGACAAGUGUCAGAAGGAAAAACAAAACGGCGGUUAAUAAAAAGAUCUAACAAAUACAAAACGGAUAAAAAAAAAUACAGCGUUUUGAUAGUAAAUAAAAGAAAUUCAAAGUGUGUGUUUGUUUUCAUAUCAAGAUUCUAACUGUGUCGGUUUGUUUGACUUGCAGUCAAACUGUCUAAAUAACAACAAAUCAAUGCGAAUGUGAAUGCCAGCAAAAACAACAAAAAAGAAACAAACCUCCACGCUUUUUUACAAAUUUUGGCAUUGACAGCAAAUAAUUGUUGUAUAAAUUUAAUGUUUGUUUGGAAAAUGUAAAAAUAUCACAUGGAUUGUGUAAAUAAUGCAAAAUGCCAACGAUAAAACGAAACUACAAAAACGAUAAGUUUACAACGACCUGGCAUUCAAAUACAUUAACCAUAUUUGGAGUGUUGAUUCUAUUAGCAAUAUUGCAAGGAUGCCAUCAUUUGGCAGAGGCAACAGCAGCAGCUACAGCCAGACAUGGUUAUUAUGGUAAUCAAGAGGAUCUACAAGAUGUCAAUGUAACGUGUAUACCAAUUGAUACACAAUUUACAUGUGAUUGUCACAAUGUCAAUCGGCACUUGUUUUUACCCCACCUAAUUGGUUCAGCUUUUCAAAUGGAAAUACGCAAUUGCAAAUCACUGACCAUUAAUUCAAAUGCUUUGGAAGAAACUCAGGGUUUGCGUAAAAUCACAUUUAAAAAUGUAGAGAAUUUGGUGUUGAAUAAAUACGCUUUAUCGUUUCCGCUUUAUAGCAGCAGUACCCCAUUGAUAAUAUCAUUUGAAAGGGUUAAAGUUAAACUAAUUGAUUCACAUGCCAUUAAUGGUCAGAUUGAAGAAAUCACAUUUGUUGACAGUUCUAUCGAGACAAUAAAUCCAUUCGGUUUUACCAUAUUGAAAUCAAAUGCUCUAUUGCUUAAAAUGGAAAAUGUGCAAAUAAAUAGAAUUGAAUCACAGGCUUUCAAAAAGUUUGUGGUGGAAAAGAUUGAUUUACAAAAUUGUGUAUUUUUAUCAAAUGUGCCAUCAAAAGCUUUCUAUGAUGUGGAAGUUUCACAUACAUUAUUAUUAAAUAAUCUUAGAUUUAGAGAAGUCCACUCACGGGCGUUUUCAUUUAAGUUGAUCUCCAAAUUAAUUAUAGCCAAUAAUUAUUUCGAAAGUGUUGAUGCCGAAUGGCUGGAGGUUUAUGUUAAAGAGAGUCCAAUUAUCAGAGAUAAUUAUUUUGGCAAUACCAGUCAAAUAGCUUUUAAGGGCAUUAUGCUCCAUCGCGAUUAUAUUGGCAGUGAAAAGUUAGAGUUGCGUUUUAGCAACAACACCAUACACUCACCACACACGGUACAGCCACUCGAUUUCAAUGAGAAAUUUACGCUCAACCUCAAACAACUAAACUAUGAUAAUUCCUAUUCCUGCCAUGAAAUCGAUAACAAUCAAAAGCCACCCAAGGCUAAAGAGGAAUUCUUUAAUAAUUUCAAGGAUUUCAUAUAUUUCAAACAACAAAACGUUGCCACAAAUCCCCACGAUCAAUAUAGAGUUUUAAGUAAAAUUAUCGAAAUCGAUUGUCAGCAACAUUCAUAUUGGCUGUAUAUAGUUAUAGGUGUUGUAAGUCUUAUAAUUAUAAUAGCAAUUAUAGCCAUAAUUGUAUGCUUGCAUUUGGCCAAAAAACGUAAGGCUAAAAGAAAAAUGGACAUAAUACAACCGGAGUCAAGAACCUACAAGGAAACUCAAAUUGUUUAUCAAAUAGAGAAUGCUGGACUUUUGAAGACUGACUUUUAACUCCAAAAUCGCACAAAAAUAAAGAACACACAAAAAUAUCUAAUAUUGAACCACCUGCUUUUUUCCUCAAUAAAGAUGCUAGAGAACACCGAAAUUCCACCAAAUAAUAACAACAAAUAAAUGUAUUGUAAUAGUUUUUAAAAAUGUUAAAAACUUUUAAGCCAAAUUAUUUUGUUUUUAAUUAUUAGAAAUUAUAAAUUAUGUAAAUGUAAAUGUAUAACUACAUACCUACCUUUAUUUUUAUUUAUGUAUAUAAAUAUGUUAUAAACAAAUAUUUAAUAAUGUACAAUAAUUUUAUAAUAUUGUAAAUAGAAUUAGUUGUUAAUAAAAUAUUAAAUAUAUUAAAAA